UUUUAUAUCGUCAGCUCGAACGAUCCAUCGCAAAUUCGAAUCCAUCAUCGUCCCGUGGAGAAUUAGCAUUCGUUUAUAUCAUCAUGAGUCAAGAUCAGCCGAGAAGGGAAGAGGAGGAGGGGCAGCAAGAGCCCAUCAAAUAUGGCGAUGUUUUCCAGGUUUCAGGCGACCUGGCGAGCAAGCCGAUAGCGCCUCAAGACGCUGUCAUGAUGCCCGCUGUCAUGCAAGCUGCCGCCGCGCAAAAUGAGAGGGCUGGCCUCGUGGGCUCCCGCGAAGUCACUGUUGUUGCUGGCGAGCAAGGUGUGACCGUUGCGGAAACUGACCUUCCGGGGACUCGUAUAAUUACCGAAUCAGUUGGUGGACAGGUUCUGGGGCAAUUCGUACAGCCCACACCAGUGGCAGCAGGAGCAGUCCCACAGGGAGCAAUAACUAUAGGGGAAGCUCUCGAAGUCUCAGGACGAGCUGCCGGAGAUAAGCCUGUUGAAUUCAGCGACGUCGCUGCAAUACAAGUGGCGGAGUGCCGAGCAACUGGUUCCGAUCUGAUCACUCCCGGUGGGCUCACGGCCACGGCUCAAUCUGCCGCCGCCUACAACCAGGCUGUGGCCGAAGACGAAGGCAAAGUCAGGCUGGCCGACGUGUUAACAGGGGCCACGGCAAAACUGCCGGCGGACAAGGCUGCCACGCGGGAAGAUGCGGAGGAAAUUAUAAAUGCGGAGCUGCGCAAUGAUCCUGACCUGAAGACGCAUCCAGGGGGGGUGGCGGAGACGGUGGCGGCGGCUGCGAGGCUGAAUGUGAAGGAGACGUGAUCAGUGAGAGCUAGCGUUGAUAGUUAUGUUUCGAAGGAGGAGGGGUUUUUGGUGAAAUAGUAGAAAAUAUGGGGUAGCAAGUAGUAUUAGUACUUGUAUCUUUUGUGGAUUUCCCGUACUCUCUCGAGUUUUUUGCUGUCCAAGUAUGGUGUACAAAUAAAUUUAUGUGUCUCUGUAGCCCGUGAAUUAGUUUUGGCUGACA